AGAUGCAAGAAAGAGAGAGAUACUUUUGCACGCUUUAACAGAACCCGGAAUCUUCCUUCCUUCGUUAAGUUCCAGAAAAAUCCCAAUUUAUUUGGCAAAACGGAAACAAAAUCGAAGAAAAUUUUUAAAAUCUUUAUUAGUUUUUAGGAUUUUUGCUUUCUCUUGCAAAAAAACGGAAAGUCGGUUCAAAGUUUUGAUCAUUUAUUCACCGUAUGAAACUUUCGUUCAUCAUUCCUACCAAAAAGCAUAUUCGAUUCUUGUUGAAAAAACCCUAGUAAAGCUGUUCUUUUUGGACACGAAAGCGUGAUCGACCCUCUGUUUUUGGUGCAUUGCUUUCCGUGAUAAUUUCAGGUUUGAUACAAAUUGUUGAGGCUACGAUUUUAAUAGGAAAUAUGAAUGCCAUGUUCCAUUUAAUUUGCGUUGUAGGUGUUUCAUCUUCUUUCCAUCUUCAUCUGAAAUCAUCUCUGAGUUCUGCAUUCUUGAAGUAGAAGCAAGAAGAAGAUCUUGCAAAACCCUUAUUUGCUCUUAUGGAUCUUGAUGAAGGAAGGCCUAAGUUCUUUCCAAUGGAAGCUCUUUCCCCUAGUCGAUAUAUCUACCAUAUAAGUUCAUUGGUUGACAUUUCACCUCAUCAUUCUAGAAACUGGUAUACCCCUGGAAGUAUUGCUCUUCAAGAAACUUUUAGAAACCUUUCAAAGUUUACAGGCACUGUAAUGUUAUGGUGUUCUAGUAGCUCAAAUUCAAAUUCAAAUAUCAGCCAUAAAAGAUAUCAAUUUUCUGGCCAAAACAAUUAUGGAUUUUUCUGCAAUUAUAGGAAAAAAGCACUUGAGAUUCCUGAAAUUUUUAACAAGUUCUCAAGGUUUGCAAUUAAACAACUGGUGGGAAAGGCUAAAGAGCUUCAGUUUAUUCCUGCAUUAUCUUUAGCUGGUAAUUUAGUUCCACCACUUGACAACAUAUCUAGGAAUUAUCUUGCUGUUUCACAUGAAAAUGUCAAUGGAGUUGUGGGGAGAUAUAUGAAUCAUGUUCCAUGUGAGGUUCAACAACAGAAAUGUGGUGAUCUUCAUGGAAAUUUUAAUUGUUCAUCACCUGCAGUUGAACCAAAAACUGGAAUUGAAUUCCCAACUUUAUUGGAUAACAUCUUUGGAGGGAGUAAUUCCAGUUUAAAUACAGAGGUUCUUGUUGGAACUGGAUCGAAAACAAUGAAAAUAAUUAAAAUAAAAUCUUUGAAGCUCUACGCUUUUGGAUUUUAUGUUCACCCUUAUGAUAUCUGUAAGAAGUUGGGGUCAAAGUAUGCUUCUCUUCCCAAAGAGGAGGUCAACAAGCAUCAUAACUUUUAUUCUGAUCUUCUCAGGGAGGACAUAAGCAUGACAGUUAGGCUUGUGGUAAGCUACAAUGGACUUAAAAUCAGUACAGUUAGAGAUGCUUUUGAGAAGUCACUUCGAGCCCGAUUAAUUAAGAUGAAUCCGGAUACUGAUUAUGACUGCUUAAGAAGUUUUGGGUCUCUUUUUUCAGAGGAUAUUCCAAUACGAGCGGGAACAACAAUAAAAAUUGGGAGGACAGCUGAUGGACAUCUUGUAACCGAGAUUGAAGGCAAACGGAUUGGUGCAGUUCAUAGUAGGGAUUUGUGCAGGGCUUUCUUUGAUAUGUACAUUGGAGAUGGGCCAGUGUCAGAGCAGACAAAAACAGAGAUUGGAGAAAAUGUGGCCAAUAUAAUGAGGAGGUGCUAAGUGCUAGAUUAUUGUUCUUGAAGUUUAGUGGUGUGAAAUGUGAAUGUGAAUGUGAUGGAGGCAACAAAAAGGGUAGAGUAGAGGCCUCCAAAGGCCAGGGGUUAUAAUGUCCAUAGUUAAUAGUUACACAACAAAUGUGUAAUGGAAAUUUGUAGUGUGUAUGGUGAAAUUAAUAAAGAUAUGUUGAUUGUUGUUGUA